AAACAAAAUGAAAGUGAUUAUUAUUCUGAUGUUCGUGACCCUGGUUGCUGCCCAACAAAGACAAUACACAAAUAAAUUUGAUGGCGUGGAUGUUGACAGUGUACUUACUAAUAACCGCAUUUUAAAUAAUUACAUUAAAUGCUUGAUGGAAAAAGGACCUUGUACUGCUGAAGGACGAGAACUCAAAAAAUUGCUUCCAGAUGCUCUUCAAACCGAUUGCUCCAAAUGUACUGAAACACAAAAGAGGAAUUCUCAAAAAGUCAUCAAUUUCCUUCGCGUCAAUAAACCAGGAGAGUGGAAACUUCUUUUAGACAAAUACGAUGCCAAAGGCAUUUACAGAAGUAAAUAUGAAAAACAGGGAUAAAUUUUCUUUUGACAAAAAAAAUACAUAUAUAAAUGUUUAUAAAUAUAAUUCGAAUAAUUAUUAAUUUCUCAAUGAUCAUAACAAAAUUUUGCAAAACAUACUUCAUACUAUAUUUAUACGCAUGUACA